UUUUAACGGGGCAGUAACAAUUUGGAAGUGGAACCCAUUCAGUUUGGUUUAUUCGCGGUGAUCAUUCAAUUAUGGGUCCGAUCGAAAUUGUUUUCAUUGUAACCGCCCUUUUCGGAUUUUUGAUUUAUGUAUUUUUGGUGUUUAACUUUAAUUAUUGGAAGAAACGUGGUGUCGGUGGGCCGAAACCCAGGCCACUCUUCGGGAACUUCCCUAGCAUUCUUUCCCAAUCGCGUCAUUUAAUUUACGAUGUGGACGAUAUCUACCGUAAAUACAAGUCGAAGGAACGAUUUGUUGGUAUAUUUGCUCUACGAUCUCCCCAGCUUUUAGUGGUUGAUCCGAAGCUGGUCCAAGAAAUUCUAGUCUCCAACUUCAAAAGCUUCCACGAUAAUGAGCUUGGAAGAAUGAUUCAUGAAGAUCUGGAUCCAAUUUUAGCGCGAAAUCCAUUUUUCCUGACUGGGCCAGAAUGGAAGGAUAAGCGAGCAGAAGUUACACCAGCUUUAACCACAAUGCGAAUUAAAGCCUGUUAUCCUGUGAUGCAAGAAGUUUGUGCUAAGAUGACGAAGUAUUUAGAGCUAGAAACGCUGACACCGAUUGAGGGCGGCUUAAAUGCGAAAGAGUUGGCAACGAGAUUUACUACUGAAGUUGUGGCCAAUUGUGUGUACGGUGUCGAAGCCGGAGCAUUUGACAGAGGUGAAUGCAAGAUUCGGGAAAUGGGAAUGAAGCUAAUGAGCCAAUCAUUUAUCGUGCAACUCUACUUCCUAUUCUUGGCAUUGAUUCCUAAAAUGACGAACAUCUGCAGAAUGCGAAUGAUAUCAACUGAAAUUGAGAAGUUUUUCACCGAUUUAAUGGAGGCGGCAAUUCGAUUGAGAAAGGAGACCAAGAGCGACCGGGUUGAUUUUCUUAACUAUCUACUGCAACUGCAGGAAAAGAAGAAUCUAUCGACUCUCGAAAUGGCUGCACAUACAAUGACAUUCUUUUUGGAUGGAUUCGAGACUUCAAGCAUUCUAAUAUCGAAUUGCUUACAGCUGUUAGCGGAGCAUCGUGACAUCCAACAAAAACUUCGGGACGAGAUAACUGCUGCUGUUGCUUCUGAGGGAGGUCUGUCAUAUGAAAAACUUUUCGAUUUGCCCUACUUGGAACAGUGUAUUAACGAAACUCUUCGUCUUCGAGGUCCGAUUCCAAGCAACACCAAGCUUUGUACGGAAAACUGUGAAAUCAGAACCAGCAAGGAUAAAGUGAUAAAGUUGGAAAAGGAUACGGUGGUCUUAUUGCCAUUUUAUUGUUUUCAUCAUGAUUCUGAGUAUUAUCCCGACCCAGAAAAGUUCGAUCCGGAACGAUUUAGUCUUCAAAACGGAGGAGCGAAGAAGUAUAAAGAUAUGGGUGUUUUCCUGCCAUUUGGAGAUGGACCGCGAAUUUGUUUAGGUAUGAAAUUUGCUCAGUGUCAAUCAAAGACUGCUAUUGCUGAAAUUAUCCGUAAUUGGGAGGUAGCAGUCGAUCCUCAAACAAAACCUGAAUUUGUCAUUGACCCGAAACAAUUUUUCUGCCUUCCCGAAGGAGGCGCUUGGUUAAACUUCCGUCGCAUUGCCAAUUGAAAAAAAAAUUCACUAGAAACACCAGUUCUAGUAUAUGUAGGGUAGGUCUAACAAAGGAACAUGUUCAAUGUCUUGCAAAUUUGUUGUUUCGUUAAAUAUUUAAUAAAUGGAACUAUCAUUUUAUAUUA